UCCAGUACACAUUUUCAACCCUGGAAAAUUUCAGUGCAUAGCCAACUGCGUUAAAUACCCUUACACAAACCCUUAACCCAGUCUAUACCUACAGUUAAAAAAAUCAAGCUCAAAACGAAAAAAUUCACAAACCAAAUUACAGUUCGAAACGUAGUACAAAAAUUAAAUUUCGUGAUAAUCUUGGCUAAUGUUCCUAUUUAGAGUAAAACGCACCGGACGCAGGAAGCUAUAACAAUAAGAGGAUCAAUUUUUACUUCAGUUCAGUUAACUAAGGGCACGUUUACACGUUUUUCAGCGCCAGUUAAAUAUUGAAAAGUGCAUCGGGCAACUAACAACAAACGCAUUUUCAAUCAUUUAACUCCGAGCUCAACUUCAGUGCAACUUUCGUUCAUCAAGGGCAGCUUAUUUCGUUUCCACUAACAUAUACCAUAACAAUAAACCGGGCAAUAUCGGGCUAAGUUUUAGUGAAUUCAAUCGAUACACUGACGCGAUUUUUUACGUUUCCAUUCGACUUUUAAACGAUCAUUUAAACGAGAAAUUUUCGAAUAACCAAAACUGUGAUUUCGUCAAUAUUAAUUCAUUUAUAAAAAGAAAGAAAGUAUUUAUUAAACUAACUACAUAAAUAAGUUUUGCGAGUUUAGGUGUUGAAAUAAUUAUUUUGUCGCAACUAAAAGUAUUUUUCCAAAAAUUCGACUAUAGUGCCUUAUUGUCGGCCUUAAAACAAACCUUCCUACUAGAAAAAUUUGUAUAUUAUUAAUAAAAAAUCACUAUAAAAAUACACAAAAAAAAAAAUAAUUAACUUGUGGCUUACUUUGGGAAAGUACAAAAUUACUAAUUGUUAAAACCUAAAAAUCCUAAUUGUGACUUUACGCCUGGACUGCGACAACCACCGAUUGGAAUUGAGUAAAGCGAUCGGUACCAAUCCGGACUCGUAUUUCGUCAUCGUCUCCGAACCCCUUUACCACGACGCCAAUAACCCAGCCAUCGCGCUCGCCACACCGUCAACCGGCCACCACAUCCACCCCUAGUCCCAUCGUCGGUACUAGAGCAAAAUUAGUGCCGUUCGAGCGUUGGCUGCGCCUUCUUCUUCCGUCAAAUAAAGUCGUCGUCCCUCACGGGCCGUAUUCUCGCCUUUUCCCGCCCCGCCGUCAACAUUUUCAACACGGAGGACCAAAAUCUAAUCAACAAUCUCAAGGUCGAACAUGAAAACCUCGUAGCGAAGUGGCUGCAGAACUCAUUCAAGGCCCAGGAGAACGCCGCACUGGACCUCCGGUCGACGCCGCUGUCGCUGCAGAUACCGAUGGCCGAGGUCAACAACAGGCCCGUCUUCAAGAUGAACAACGACUUCUGGAACCAGGCCCGCGGCCCGCCCCAGAGCAUGGCCCAGAACUUGUCCAACUCGAACCAGAACUCGCCGGUGCCGGGCUCCACCAACUCCAUCCCGGCCCACUCGCCAUCGCAGCAGAGCAACAGCAGCCAAAACCACGUCAUACAACAACAACCACAAAACCAACAACAACCCCAACAACAACAACAACAACAAAACUCGGUACAGCAACAAAACAACGGCCAACAACAACAGCAGCAACAACAGCAACCGAAUCAACAACAGCAACAGCAACAGCAACAGCAGCAACUGGGCAGUCCCAACUCGCAGGUGGCGCAGGCCCAUGCCCAUGCCCUGGCCCAGGUCCAGGCCCAACAGCAGUUGGUGCACAUGUCACAACAGCACCAACUCAACGCUGGGCAAAAUUCGCCGGACAAAAUGGCCGAAAAGUUGGUCAAUGAUUUGCAGUUGCUUUCCCAACUAACGCUGCCGGACUUUAACCAACUGCAGAGGAAUUCGACUUCUUCGGCCAUCUCCGAAAGGACGCUUGAAGAAUGUUGGACCACACUGCAGCGAGUGAGUUGGAUUCUAUUCAACCGUAUUUUCAUGCACAAAUCUGCGAUGCAAAUGCAUGCCAGGGAGCUGACGGGACGCUCAGAAGUCAAACCACACCAGUGCCAGCAAUGUCUAAAGUCUUUCAGCAGCAAUCACCAGUUAGUCCAACAUAUCAGGGUGCACACGGGGGAAAAACCCUACAAAUGUUCCUAUUGUGACAGGAGGUUCAAGCAGUUGAGUCACGUGCAACAGCACACGAGGCUACAUACGGGUGAGAGGCCCUACAAGUGCCACUUGCCUGACUGCGGAAGGGCCUUUAUCCAACUGUCCAACCUUCAGCAGCAUCUCAGAAACCACGACGCUCAGGUCGAAAGGGCCAAAAACAGGCCCUUCCACUGCACCAUCUGUGGAAAAGGGUUCGCCACCGAGUCCAGUCUAAGGACCCAUACGUCGAAAGUAAGCCAUUGUAUUGGUCGUUUGCAGCAACAUGCAGCUCUGAUUGGUGGACCCAACGCCACUUCUUGUCCGCUUUGCCAUAAGAUGUUCUUAGGAGGAGAGGCGCUCAUGGAGCACAUGAAGCACACACACAAGGACCCCAAUGCCUCGGGGGUUGCCAUUGACGUCAUCGAUCCUUAUUUAGCGAAGAGAAGGACAGCGAAUCAUCCUUGUCCCGUUUGUGGAAAGCAUUAUGUGAAUGAAGGAUCCCUCAGGAAACAUUUGGCGUGCCAUCCCGAAACGUCACAAUUGUCAAGUUCGUUGAGAAUGUGGCCGUGUUCUGUUUGUCAAGCAGUUUUUACGCACGAAUCAGGUCUUCUCACGCACAUGGAGCACAUGAGGAUGGACACCAAGCACCAGUUCGCCGCCCAAUAUGUGCUGUCACGCGCCGCCGCCGAAAGGAGAGAACGAGAGACUUUGCUGGCGGCCGUUUCCGCUUCCGCCUCCGGGAGCGGCCUUCUAGGCCUCACAGGAAUGGCCGGGGCAGCGAGCGGUAGCCCAAUGUGUGCAUCCCCCAGCGCUCACAGUGACAGUUCCUCAGGCAAUGGCCGCCUUUCCUCUGCCGGUUCAGAAGCCGGCGGUCUUAACAACAACAACAACAAUUGUACAACAAAACUGAACGAGAUUUUACGGAGCAACAACGGUCUCCACCAACAGUACAACGUCGAAGAACAGUUUCAUAAUGCUAACAGAAUGGCCGUCAUUGCCAACAUGGUGGGCCAAGGGGGGGUUCCCCCAGGACUCGGCUCCGACUCGUCGGCCGCUGCCAACAUCGCCGCCGCCAAUAUUGCCAACCUUGCCAUGCGCCUCGGCGUCACACAGGCCAAUCAGGUGAAUAACAGCAGCAACCCCUCAACGCCCCCCAUCAACAAUGACACUCUUUCCGCGUCCAUGAACGCGAUGAACGCCAUGCGGGCGUCCAUGGACAGCAUAAGAAACAUGGACGCGAUGCGGUCGUCGGUCAUGGACAUGUCGUCGCCUCAGCAGUCCCAGCAGCAGCAGGACGCGCUCAGGAUGCAGCAGCACGCCGAGGCGCUGCUGCGGUCGCAGGCCGAGGCGGCGCUCAGACUGGCCAUGAGCCAGGCGCUGCCCCAGCUGAACCAGCACCAGCAGGACAACGGCAGCCCCCUGCGGCACAACGGCAACUAUCAGCCGCACCAAGGGCAGUCGUCGCAGCAGCUGAGUCCGGACCUGACCGAGGCCCUGCGGCUGCAGGAGCAGCGGCUGGAGCAGGCCCUGCGGCUGCACGGGAGCGACCCCCGGACUCUGGGCUUCUCCCUCAGCAGCCAGCAGCAGAACCAACAGCCAUGAAACUUUAACUACUACUGAACGCAAAAGUACAAUCGGCCGCCAUCUUCCAUUCAGCGGCCAUCUUCCAGCACGGACGCCAUAUUCGAAAAUGUGCCAAAUUUUUGAUGCGCUCAGUAUACUACUAAUGGCCAAGCCAUUACUAAACGCACUUUACAAGUGCACCAACUACACAAAUCAAGAGGAGAAAUCAUUUAAACAAUGUAUAGUAACUAAGUGUUGGAGAUAAAUACCUAAAGUAAGUGUUUUUAGGUAACGUUAAGUAAAGCAAAUACUUAAUGCAUAACUAUAUUUAAGGAUAAGCUGUAAAUAUAAAGAUUGUUUUAGAAGAAGAAAUUCGGAAUGAAUGAUAGAGAAUUUGUAAUUAUAAAGCGCGAUGUAAGUACGAGGUUUUAUUUACAAAAAAUGCGAAAAGAAUCAAAUUUCACGAGGAAAAACUUUUUUUGCAAACUGUGAUUUUAGUUAUUUGGCCGGUUAUAAACACGCUAGCAAUAAAUCGAGGAAAAAUCAAUUUGCAAUUUUUACUGUGAUUUUUUAUUAAUUAAAGAUCGGAAUUUAUUAUUUUGUUUUUUCUUUAAGUACAAAGGGGGCUCCAAGCCCCGAAUUUAUAAUUUCUAGUGCGAAAGCGGAAUGAAUGAGACGACUGUGCGGAAAUCAUUUUUUUGUACCGAGUACUUAAAUGGUUCAACUUUUCGGUUUCUCGUCGAUAUGUGGUUUUAUCAGACUGUACAUAAUUUAUACGUAAGGCCUGUACAUAAGCAAUCCGGCACGGUUCCGUCGCGGCGCGGGGACCGCGGGGCAAAACACAAUUACAGUUUCCUGUAACCGAAACUACGAACCCCAAAACCACAACCAUUAUUUGCAAAUCACUGUAUUGAUUGGCACGUGUCUCGGCCACGGAACCAAAAUCACAAAUUCGGAAAUUACAGUUUCCUGUAAUCCAAAAUUUUUCAAAAAUUGCGUUUUUACGCGGUGGUUUUGCCCCGCGGCCCCCGCUCCCCCCUCAGACCUUCACUAGAUUUCCCAUAUAAUACAAUAGCCAUAUAGACAAUAGUUUAAAAAAUAAAUCUACAAUAGUGGCGGCGUUGCCGCGUCUCACAUUUCCUAAAAAGUGACAAGACCGUUUCACGCCGUGAAACACCGCCAAAGUUGACACAGUCUCGGCGCGCCAGCGCCCUCUCCCACCGAUAUUGACAGUUAAAAUACAUACAAAAACUCUACAAUAGCCCGGUUGCACUCAGUGCUACAACACUUUUGCCCAUCCAAAUAAUUACUCGCGUAAUUAUUCCAUCGUAAAUUUUACAAUAGCCCAUUGUCGGACCCCGGUCCGCCCAUCAAACUUUCUGUAAAAGCCCGCGGCGGCCAUUGCCAAAAUGGCCGCCUUAUGUGUAUUUUACAUAAAUAUUAACGUCUAGUGCCCGAAUGGACAAAUAUUUAUUGUAAAAUUACCAAAAAAAUAAAAAUUUUCUUUUGCAAUAGCCCACAGUACAUCAGUGCAAGAAUUUUGCACAGUUUUUUCAAGUUUUAACCAGAUUCAGUUCGAUGAUGCUUCAGUUCGGUGUUUAGUACGGCCCUGGGGGGCCCUUUCGAGGGGACCCAAAAACACAUAGGCGCCCCCUCCCUCUCGCUGUUCAAUACCACGCUUCGAUAGUUAAUAGAGAAAAAAAAUACAAUGGAAAAGCCCCGAAAGAGGGCCCCGACCAGGACCGGAUCCUUAAAUUUUCAGUUAAACAGCAAUAGUCUAAACGCAUAAUGAUUCUCUUAUGCUAUACAAAAAAUUCGGUAACCACACUUCAGUUCGUGUUUGUUCGGUCGGGUCACGUGACGCAGUCACGUGACCCGAACGUUUUCAUUUGUUUUACAAUAAUAAUCAGAUUUUACACACUCACACUUACACAGUGAACGGAAACAACUCUCGGUCCACACUCGAAAUUGCGACAUUUCGGCGCCAUAUUGACACACUCACACAAUAUAAUCAAGUCGUCUAAAGUCACUUUUGGGAAAACGCACACUUUUCGGCCAACAAACGUCAAAAACCGGUCUAAAAUUCCAUUUAAAACCACAUGAAAAAAAUGCAAAAAAAUGUUUCUAUAGUUAUUUCAAUGUUAGUUGUGUUAACACAAGUUAAUGUUAAGUUAUUUUUCGUCGUAUACGUAUAUAUGAUAUAAGUUUCGCGGGCGCGCGCAGAUGGCGCCCGCUUCGAGUCGCGGCCGUCUUUGCACUUUGCUAUAGUUUAUUAGCUAAAUGUUUAUUGUUGAUUAGUUGAGGUGAGAAAAUCGAGCUCAGGGCCGGCUCGAGGCGGGCGCCCCGCGCCCUUUAUCCGAAUCAAUGUAACAAUACGCCAUUUCCGUUGCUUGUAACAAGGCCGAGUUGGCCAUGCUUGGCCAAGUCGGCCCGUGUUGACUCAAUGUUUUUUUCUCAAUUUUUUCAUAGUUGGUACUGUAUAUGUUACUACAACAGUUGUUUUCAUAGUUUAUGCUUUAUUGUAAUUUAUUAAAUGUUUGAAUUUACGGAAAAACAAGGAAAUGUAAUAUUUGAUAUUAAUAACUUUUUUAUAUAUUUUACUAACUCGCCGGACCACCGGACUUUAUUUAUAUGUUACGUAACGUUAGGUAAGGAGUUAUAUACGUUAUUAUAAUUUUAUACAAGUUUUUGCCGCCAUCUUUUUUAUUAUUUAAAAAUUCGACUGCCAUUUAUAUUUUUUAACUUAUGCUUUUCGUAGAGUUUUUUAAGUUCCUAUUACAAUUUUUUCGGCUGUAGUCGCAUUACAGUGAAAAAUAAAUCAGUUCAAGUGUGAAUGCUGCGCGAUUGAUCGAAAAUUCUCAUUUUUUAGGUAACGAAAUUCGAUAACUUGAGGCAUUACGUGCAAAAUUACACCUCUUUUGUAACAUAUAGGCUAAACAAAAUUUAAUAAGAUUGUGGUUUUAGGAGAAAUUAUGUUAACAUGUUUUUAUUCAACAAAUUGAUGUAUGAACUGUACGUGUGAAAUGUAUCUUACUUACUGGAAAUAGCAAAUAUUAAAAAUAACAA